UUAACGUGCAGGAGUGCAGCAUCUUUUCUGUGCAUACACAUGUGCACCGCUAAAUGACUCUGGCUGCAGAGAGGAGGUGGGGGGAAGGGGAGGAAACAGGAAGGAGGUUGCAUGGGAGAAAAAGGAGGUGGGGAGGGCACAGGCAGCGGCGCGAGUGAGUGUGUGAGUGUGUGUGUGUGUGUGUGUGUGUGUGAGAUAGAGAGAGAGAAAGGGAGAGGGAGAGAAAAUGGGAGGCAGCAUCUCCCACCCAGACGGGGAGGAGGGGAGGACAGACAGCGUGCUCGUCCCUUCAACAGACAGAGGUGGAAGGAAAGUGGGAAUGAGAGUCAGACGUUGAAGGGAGAAGAGGAGCACAAUGAAGGAGUGCCAUUGUCCAUCCUGGAAGCACUGCCAUCCCACCAUCUGCUGAAAGAGAGGCAGAGAGAGGCAGAGGAGGCGGCCAAACGGAGGAGAGGAUAGAUGGAGAGGAGCUGCCGGCAGUGACUUUGUGAAUUAAUCGAGCGGAAGAGCGGAUCAGAGGAGAAGCACGUUUUUCGGGGAGUGGACGAGAGGAAAGCCAGAGAGGGGAAGGAAGGAGAGGACGACUGAUGGGACAGUCUGUGGCUGUUUAAACAUUAAUGUGGCUAACAUGUGAAUAUGAGACCCAGCUUUAGAUGAGUCGCCAUGGAUUAUCAACUGCAUGCUUUCUAAACCAAAAAGAAGGAACUACUUACGUUCUGCCAUUCAUUAAAAAGAGAGAGAACAGCUUAAACUCACUUUAUACAGAACCACGUUGAUGACUUUUUCCUGUAGAUAUAGACUCCCUUUGUGACACCUGAUUUUCUAUUCUCUGUGAGCAUAGGGUUUACUCUGCAGGAUGUUAUACAAUCAUUAUCUUUGUUAGCUGCUGCACAGAAUAUUCAGGUUGUUUUUAUGCAAGUUUUCUAAAGCAUUCAUUGUCUUUUAGGUGUGAAUGUGCGGUGUAAUUGUUGUUUAUACAGUUAUUAGGAGACAAAUUACCUUUCUUUUGAAAUAAUUUCAGUUUCCCCCCUUCCCCGGUCGGAGUCAGUGCAUGCAGCCAAUGUGGGAUGUCAACAUUGAUUGGGUUUUAUGGCUGGCGAGAUGCCGGUCAAACUUUGAUCAUUUCCUGAACCGUAUUGAUCUUUCUAGCAGCCUGUAGUUUAUCCUCUGGUUGGAUGAGAAAAAAAUGCUCUGAUGCGGAGCCUUGAACGCAGCGACUAAUUGCUUACCACAUGGUUCGACAAAGCAGUUAUCUCUUUGUGUGAAGAAAUCUGCUGUUGUUGGGACUUCUCGGUACACAUCCACCGCAGGCAUCGUUUUUAAUGUCUGUUGCCAUAGCAACGGGCGACAGCCGCAGACAGAAGAAGAUGUAAAGUUCUUUCUCUUUGUCUUAUCUCUUACAACUGGUGCUGUUCCAUUAGGUAAUUGUAUAUAUUUAAUAGAUGAUAUGCAGUAGAUUAGAUUUAGUCCACGGUCGUGUGCAGUUUCUAGAGUUUCUUUUCUUGCACAGGAUUUUUUUAUUUAUUUUCUUUCCACUAGACAGUCUUUGUCUAUGCGGAGCUCAGCAGUCUCCGUGAAUCAGGGUUGUUUCAGGUCACCUGUCUCCCCCUCCCCAUUCUGUGCGUUCGCCUUGUGCGAGCCAGCUCAGCUCCGCGUGUCCUGAUCUCACCUUUUAUCAAUGGCAAGUACCAUUCACAUCAGUCAAGCUGAUGUGCCAUUAUCAGGACUGACUGGCUGAAUUAGAUUAUCGUGCAGAUUUCACUAGUACAUAUCACUCUGUGCAGCUGCUUGGCCCCAAGGCCACUAAUCACCAGUCAUUAGCUGUGCUUUGUUUGUGACAGUCUGUUCUUUCUGCUGUAGGUGACUCAGGAUUUCUCUUCAUGUAGAGGGUCAUUUCCUCUGCAGUCACCUGACCUACACUGUGUCCUGUGCACUAAAACAUCCCUGGGUAGUACUGGGGUUAACUCCGCUCUUGGAGCAUUUCAGCAGCCCUUCAAGGUGCAAGGCUUUUAAGAACACACCUGGUGUUAACAAGUCCAUUUAUGUUGGAUCUUUUUGCCUUUCUUUUUUAAGUGCUAAUCCCCCUCUCUGCAUGCGUUUCUGGAUUUAAUAGGGGCGUGCCAGACUGUUUUGCAUGCCCUUUGAUUGUCCAAAAUACCGGGUGUCUUUUAUGACUUUUCCAGCCAUACUUAUUUACAGCUUUCUGGAGAUCAUCCCAGUCUGUCUGGCAGUGUGCGAGUACAACCUGAUCCUCCAUGGUGCUUCUUGGCCAGGACCAGAAGGAUGACUAGCUAGAGUUGUUAGACACUCCCUCUGUGGUGCUAGACUGGUGUAGGCGACUGUUCCUUAUCAUGCAUCCAGCGCCCACCAUGAGCUUGUGUGCUGUACUUCAGGUGCAGUUUUGAAAGGUUAGUGUGGGGGACAACAAAAAAAAAAAAACAACCUUUUUGUGCUCGACAUUACUGAAACACUGGUGCCAAAUUUGCAGCCUUGUGCAAGUGGUCCAUGCAGAGUAUGUGUAAACCUUGUUCUCCCCCGUGGGUGUAAAGGUCAACAGAUUGUAAAUAUGACUAGUGCCUCAACAGCACUAAGGUGUAGACAAGCCAGCUUCGCCUCCUAUUGAGGUCAAACUGCAGUAGACUGUUUUGUUUUGGGGACUCUGGUUUGCGAGAGACUGUUAAUGCAAACAGACUGUUGUUUGCCUUCUGGGACGGACUAUGCAGAAUAUGAGGUGUUAUGUGAUGUCUAUACAGUAACUCUGAGAUCGCACCUGCUGCUUGAUAAGCCCUGCCUUAGAUAAGGAAGGAAUCUUUCCUGGAAUAUAACACUUGGCUGGUGAAUAUUAUAUGCGGUUGUGAAAACGCUCUUCUCUCAGGUAACUGACUAUAAUCUGGGCUUGAUAUUUGAACUAUUACUCACCUCAGUAAUAGUAAAGUUAGAGCAGAGAGCAGGUUGUGCAUGGAGACAUCAUCAGCAUAGCAUCGGAGUGUGUUUUUUUUUUUUUUUAAUAAAUGAGCAUUUCUAGCUGGGUGAGUGACUGACUGCUGAGCCUCCAGCGCCAUUCAGGGAACCCUGGGUCGGGAGCUCAAACCUGACCCGUCGGGGCUCAUCACCAUCACAACAAGCCCACCGGUAGUCACCAUCAGCCAAUGACCCACAUUCCCCAGUGUUACGUCACCGCCGUGCUACUGCACUGUGUGUCAGCAUACCAGACACAUACAGCAUCUCGGACUCAACCUACCACUAUCUAAUGGUGCUCCAGGCCAACAAAAAAACACAAAAAAAACAUCCUAACCGAGGUGGCCAGUUUUAAGGAACACACUUGAACUAAGGCAGGCUCACUUAUUUUAGCCAUAUCAGGAACCUCAGUCAGGAACGGGCCCAACUCUGCCAGCCCAGUCUUAAGUACUUUCUUCUUUCAGUUUUCUAUUGGUGUCUAAGGUGACCAUGCCUAACUUCUAGCCAUUCAUAAUCUUGAAGUCGGAGAAGCUGAAAGGCGAGUCUCACCAUUAAUACAUUAGACUGAGGGACUGUUAAACGGGACAGCCUGGAGAACGGGCGAGCAGACGAGGGAGGGGGAGAGGGGGAGCGAGAGAUCAUCUGGAAGAGGAGAGAGGAAGUGGUUGCGCGGGAGAGGGCGGAGGCACUGGAGAGGCAGAGGCUGGCGGAGUACAUCGUGUGGAGGAAGAGAGAGGACUUCCAGGAUAAGAGAGGAGACAGAGAGAAGGGAGGAAAGAGUUCAGAGAAGGGGAAGGAUGCUCCGCCGGAAGUGAUCUGGAAGAGGAGAGAGGAGGAAGGGGACGCAGGGAGAGCGAGGGCCAUUCAGAGAGGACAUGAAAACAUAUGGAGGAAGAGAGAGAGGGAGUAGAAAAAGGACCCAGAAAGAUGCACUUUAAAAGUAGGUGUGUUUAAAAAGGAAAGUGCGCUUCUGAGAGUUGGAGACUAGCCAUACAUCAGUAAGCCUCCCGUCUCUUUUUUUAGCAGUUCUGGGUCUCGUUGAGGUCUGCAGGUGCUCGCCGUCGUAUCGACCAGUUGAAGCUGCGCGCUAUGUGUGCGUUGCUGCCGCGUUAGUCCAUGCGUUGCAAUCCCCUCGUCGGCUGCUAAUAGGAUUUUUAUGGGCCCGCGUCAAGCAGGAUAGAGCUGCCGAGGGUGGCUGCUUCACACAUGCUCGGCAACGCACACAUAUUCAGAUAAUCAAAGACGCGCUGUGGGCAGGGAGGGUUUACACCGCCGUCACGCACGCACACACGUCACGUACAAGCGCGCGUCCCUCAGCGCGAGUAAGACACAUGCGAGGGGGCGUUCAGAGAGACAAUCACUUGUGUUGAUUCUCCAUGGUGCUUGUGACAGCUGAAUAACUGGCCCUCGCUCAGAGACAUUCGAGUUGAGACGAGAUCCUCACAGAUGUUGUUUUGUACUGUGACACAACCCCGAGAUGAACUCUCUGUGAAGAGCUAAGGACACGUCUUCAUCAGUCUCUGGGAACUCAGUGAACACUGAAGCAGAUUCCGACGUGAACUGGUGACAACAUGAGCUGCACUGGUGCACUAAAUACCUUUUUUCAUCUGCAUUCUACCGUUAACUGGGACACCGCACUUUUCCUCCGCGCCUUUUCUCGCUCUGUUUUCGUCUCGGAUAAAGCCGUUUUGAACACAGUUUGGCGUUGGCUGCCUGGUAAAGAGUGGAGGACAAACCACCAGACAGAUGGAUACAGCUCUUGCACUCAGAGAGAUAGACAGAUGGCUGUGUGUCCUUUUCAAGAGAAACUGUGAACAGUGAGACAAAGAGACUUUGCUUGAAUCACUUGAGUCUGCGUGGAUUUGCGCAGACGUAAAAAAAAAAAAAAAACUGACUCUGCAGAUUCAUUAUGGAGCUUGUUCCAAAAACCAAGUACACCCACUUUCGGAGUGAAUCCCUGAGCUCGACCGAUGAGACAAACUCCAAUCCAUCGUCGUUCCCUCCUUCCAGCCCCGCGACCCCUCUCACCCCCUCCCCGGGCUUACCCUCCUCCCUCUCCUCCUCGUCUCUCACUCCCAUCUUGCCCCCCUCUUCCCCCCGGCCGGCCGAGAACAGCCCCACCACCCUCUGCUCCUUCUUCCCCAGGAUGGGGUCCCUUCGCCUGGGCGUCUCCGCCACUCUCCUCCCGGGGCUCAAGGCCUCGAGCAGGUCGCAGCAGCCCGUCGAGUCCUCCGGAGACGACAGGAGCAGCUCUAGCUCCUCCCCUCCUCUCCACCACCCCGUUCCCCUUCUAACCGCUCCUUCUCCCCCUCCCCGACCUCCUCUGCAGGACAUGAACCGGCUGGGAGGGGCGUCCAGGAGGGCACGGGUGGAAGGAGGGCAGCUGGGAGGAGAUGAGUGGACGCGCCAUGGCUCCUUUGUCAACAAGCCCACCCGCGGCUGGCUGCACUCCGACAAUGUGGUCAGCACCACCGGUGUUUCCUACACCGUACGGUACAUGGGUUGCGUGGAGGUGCUGCAGUCGAUGCGAGCGCUGGACUUCAACACCAGAACUCUGGUCACCAGGGAAGCUAUCUCUGUGGUGUGCGAGGCAGUACCCGGAGCCAAAGGGGCCCGCAGGAGAAAGCCUUCCUCUCGCUCCAUGACACCCAUCCUGGGAAAGAGCAACUUGCAGUUUGCAGGCAUGACAAUCAGUCUCACCAUCUCGACCAGCAGCCUCAAUCUGCUGGCCUCCGACUGCAAGCAGAUAAUCGCCAAUCAUCACAUGCAGUCCAUCUCCUUUGCCUCUGGAGGAGACCCAGAUACGGCUGAGUACGUAGCAUAUGUGGCCAAAGAUCCAGUCAACCAGAGAGCUUGUCACAUCCUGGAGUGCUCCGAGGGUUUAGCCCAGGAAGUCAUCAGCACCAUUGGCCAGGCCUUCGAACUACGCUUUAAACAGUACCUAAAGAACCCCCCGAAGCUGGUCACGCCUCAUGACAGAAUGGCUCCAUUUGAUGGCUCUGCAUGGGAGGAAGAGGAUGAUGAGACAGCUCCACCUCCCGAGGUCCCUUACUACAAUAAUUUCCCUGGAAAGCAGCCUCCCCCUGGUGGACUGAUCGACAUGAGGACCCGCCCAGGAGCCACGCUGCCUUACGGACAGCCAGGUCAGAAUGACAUUCAUAAGCAGCCUCUGCCGCCUCUACCAUGUGCUAAAGAAGGGGCGCGGGAGAUGUUUGAUGACCCUUCGUACGUCAAUGUGGAUAAACCCCGUCCCCCGGUUGCCACAAAUGGAAAUGCUCACAGAGACGCCUUUGACAUGAAGCCACUUGAUGACGCCCUCGGGGUCUCUGGGCACGGUGGCCCCGGCUCGGUGACUGCGUCGCCCUCUCUGGUGCAUCAGCUGCAGAGCGAAACCUGGUUCCACGGUAGCUUAAGUCGGAAGGAAGCGGAGAGGCUGCUGACCCGAGACGGGGACUUCCUGGUGCGAGAGUCUGGGACCACUCCCGGACAGUACGUCCUCACGGGGCAGCAGGGUGGCCAGCCCAAACACCUGCUGCUAGUCGACCCGGAAGGAGUGGUGCGCACGAAAGACCAUCGGUUUGGGAGCGUAAGUCACCUGAUCAGCUACCACAUGGACAACAGACUGCCCAUUGUGUCGGCCGGGAGCGAAGUGUGUCUGCAACAGCCGGUGGAGCGCAAGGCCUGACUUUACACACACCAAGGAAAUACUCCACCAAAAAUAUGCACACUCCUUCACCUGUCCAACGCAGCACACGCGCACCCAUAAGCUGUGAUACACACCGCAACACUACACCAGAUACACAUCCAAAAGAGUACACGUGCAUACAUACAUAGCAAAGAAAGCCAAAAAAAAAAAAGGAAAACGAAGCACCCGUUUCUCUGCAAAAUCACUCACUUUGCUGCUGUUGCUACAUGUUCCUGAUCUUUCUGAAGGCCAAACUGCGACCUGCAGUUUGUCAUCCAUCCAACCAAUUACCACGUGCAUCCCUUCAAAGUGGAGACACGCUGCUGCAGUUUCUCUGCCUACUGCGAACCAGGGAGAAGUCUUUUGCAAAUUUCCAAACGGGGAAAAAAAAUGAAUGCAAUUUUUUUUAAAUAAUAAUGAAAAAAAAUCUUGUGUUUAUGAAAUAUAUAUAUAGAGAUACAUAGAAAAUACAAAGCAUUACAUGGAACUGUGUACUAAAAUGAUGGACUUGAAAAGCGCAGAAAGGAACAGGGAUGGACAGAGAAAGAGAUGCUUGUAAGCAUCAGUCCUUUCCUCAGACUGUCGCUGGAGCAUUUUGGGCAAAACAUAAACUGAAAGUCAAGGGUUGUUGUUUCAGAGACUGAACGAAACAUAAACUCUCCCUUCUCUGGAACUCUUGAGCAGAAACCCUGGCUGAAAUAAUUCUGGUUGGUGAAUAUGCAUAAACGAGUUUGCUUCCAAUCAAUCAUGAGUGCCACCCCACCCCACCCCACCCCAGCCACUCCCAUUUUAAGGAUUUUUUAACUUUGACCCUUGGAGGAAAAGCCUGUAUGCAAAACUGGGACUGCUAUGCCAAUGACUAUCGUCUAUGUUGUUGUUUUUUUUUUUUUUGUAUUAUCUUGAGACUCAUCACUCAUCGGACAGUACAGGAGGAUACAAGCAGCUGUAUCUCGACAGUCCCUUUGUAAACACAGACCUGUACAUCACACAUAGUCUGCACCACCUGUCAUGCCAAAGAACACGAACUUGGUCGCUAACGUCACAAACGGAAGCCAUGACAAUUAUCUACAGUUAUCUGUCUUGUGCGCUUACAGCAUUGGGAGCAAAUACAGAAAGACUGAAAUGUAAAUUCAAACGGGCCUGUUUUAGAGGUGUGGGGAACAUCUGUGAUCGUGCCUGAAUACAUCACGAAAAAUGAGGUUUUGAAGUAUGCCGAUGUCACCCACAAACACGAGAGCUAGUAGAUUUUGAGAAGCCGACCCGGGUCGUCAUCAACCCGUUGCUUUUCAUUGACACCUCAGUGUGUGUUUGCUCUGACAAUCUAUCGGUUCUGUGCUUUCAGGGGAUUUCUCACUGAAAGCAAAGAAAAGUAGAGGAGACCCUUUUAAACGGCGGCCAUGUUGGAAACGUUGGACAGCCUGAGCAAUGAAUUUGCAAAAAAUAAUGCAAAGUGUGUCAUAGUAAUCGGUUAGGUAUUUUUUGUGUAUAGUGACGUUGCUUUGAAUCACUUGAGGGAAUAAUGUCCUUUUUUUAAAAAAAAAAAAAAAGUAAUGUAAUGAACACGAGGACGUGUAGGUUUUCUGGAGCAUUGCUAGCGAUGAAAUGUUCAGCCAAACGUGUACUGUUUUCACAACUUUUUGAGGAUCCGGAGGGAAAAGUUUGGUUUCUCCUCUCCCCUCUUCCCUCGGUUUCAUGUUUUUUUUAUAUAUAUAUAUAUAUCUUUUUAAUUGUGCCUUGUUUCUUCAAUGCAGUCACGUCACUCCAAUGCAGUCACCUUAUGUACUUAAUUCAAAUGUAGUCGACUACAGGAGAAUCCUACACAGGUCGCUCAGUUUUAACAAAGACUCUGCAAAAAUGACACACCGACAAAACACACACGAACAGAUCCAGUGAUGGCAAUCUCCUCGGAUGCACAUUCUUGCAUUCAGCUUAUAGUCACAGAUACUUGAUGUCACCAUUGGGAGGGGGUAUUUCCUGAUCAUCUGUAAAUAACAUGAUUUUUUUGACAGUUUAGUAUCGGAUUAUUGUUCCCUUCGUUGUAUAUUUAAUGACAUAUUUGAUAAGUAACACAGAGCCAGACAUCACAGCACUGAGGUAGCUCAUUACUGAACAGGCCAAAAUCUCGAUGUGGGAGAAGGGAUCCAAACAAAUAACUAGCGGUUAGUUCGCAGUAAGGCUCACGUGCACGCACGCGUAACAGAGCAAAGAGAGGGCAGCUGGCUCAUACUGACGCUCUGUUGCUUCAGGUCUUCGUAGGUGAGCAAGGGGGGGAAAAAAAAACAGAGACACGCUGUGCCGUUCGUUACCGUGUGCGCGCCUGUUGUUUUACGCGUGUGCUGGAACAGACUCGACUCUCUCGGUAUCUUUAGUGAGCUGGUCCUGUGUAAUCAUUGUUCAUCACAGCUGCCUUUGUUGCAUGAAAAUCCUUUCAAAAAAGAAAAAAAGAAAAAAAUUGUCGUUUGUUGUCGGUGAUGGUGAUCGUGAUGAUUGAUGCUGUUGUACUUUUUAAUUUGUGUUUUUCAAAGCCAAAGGUUACUUUAAAAUAGCGUGCACAGGUAUUGAUUUUUACUUUUCUUUGUUAGUUGUAAUACUUUUUUUUGUUGUUGUUGUUGUUUUUAGGGAAACAUGUCUGUUUACACCUGUAUCUGAAAAUAUAGAUUGCAUAUAUAAAUACAUAUAUCAUUCA